AUGACGACCUUUGUGAGCGAGCUGGAGGCGGCCAAGAAGAACUUGAGCGAGGCGCUGGGGGACAACGUGAAACAAUACUGGGCCAACUUGAAGCUGUGGUUCAAGCAGAAGAUCAGCAAGGAAGAGUUCGACCUUGAAGCCCACAGACUUCUCACACAGGACAAUGUCCACUCUCACAAUGAUUUCCUCUUGGCCAUCCUCACGCGUUGUCAGAUUUUGGUUUCUACACCAGAGGGUGCUGGAUCUUUGCCCUGGACAGGGGGCUCUGCAGCCAAGCCUGGAAAACCCAAGGGCAAGAAAAAGCUUUCUUCUGUCCGUCAAAAAUUUGAUCAUAGAUUCCAGCCUCAGAACCUCUCUGGAGCUCAACAGUUUGUGGCAAAGGAUCCCCAGGAUGAUGAUGACCUGAAACUCUGUUCACACACGAUGAUGCUCCCCACGCGGGGUCAGCUUGAAGGGAGGAUGAUUGUGACAGCCUACGAGCACGGGCUGGACAACGUCACUGAGGAAGCCGUUUCUGCUGUCGUCUAUGCUGUGGAGAAUCAUCUCAAAGAUAUACUGACGUCAGUUGUAUCAAGAAGGAAAGCUUACCGGGUACGAGAUGGCCAUUUUAAAUACGCCUUUGGUAGUAACGUGACCCCACAACCAUACCUGAAGAAUAGUGUGGUGGCCUACAACAACUUGGUUGAAGGCCCUCCAGCCUUUUCUGCUCCCUGUGCCAAUCAGAAUCCAGCUUCUCAGCCACACCCUGACGAUGCUGAACAGCAGGCGGCAUUCCUGCUGGCAUGCUCUGGGGACGCUCUACCUGCAUCCCUGCCUCCAGUGAACAUGUACGACCUUUUUGAAGAUCUGCAGGUACACAGGGAAGUCAUUCCUACACAUACUGUGUAUGCCCUUAACAUCGAGAGGAUCAUCAUGAAACUCUGGCACCCCAAUCACGAAGAGCUACAACAAGACAAAGUCCACCGCCAGCGCUUGGCAGCCAAAGAAGGACUUUUGCUCUGCUAAAUCAGGAAUGGAAGAUUUGGGACCAUCACUAAAUUAACUGGUUGCUGAAAAUUGAAAGCUUUUGACUCCACAUUUCAAAACUGAAGUGUAUAAUGUAUGUAUGACCUUUCCUAUGGAAAUGUGACAUUGAGUGCAUUUUGUGUUGCUACUGUGAAGCUAUUAAUAGAUGCCUGACUAAUGAUGACCUGGGUGUGUGUCCCCAGGGUAUAGGAGCGGGCAUUCUCCUGUACCUGAACAGGGAGACUGAGGCAGCUGAGGUUUGUGUCUCUGGUCUAUGGUAGGGUAGGGAACAUCCUAGAAUAAAGCUGCUGUUGCAGC